AUGGCUGGAUUAAAGGCAUACGAAUUAAGAACUAAGUCUAAGGAACAAUUAGAAGAACAACUCGUUGACUUAAAGAAGGAACUUGCAGACUUAAAGGUCCAAAAGGUCUCCAAGCAAUUUGUUCCAAAGAUCAAGACUGUCAGAAAGGACAUUGCUAGAGUCUUGACUGUCAUUAACGCACAACAAAGAGCUUCUGUCAGAGCUUUCUACGAAGGUAAGAAGUACAUUCCAAAGGAAUUGAGAGCUAAGAAGACCAGAGCUUUAAGAAGAGCUUUAACCAAGGAACAAAAGUCUUUAAAGACUGAAAGAGCAAGAAAGUUAGCUAUUGCUUACCCAGUCAAGUCUUUUGCUCUUAAGGCUUAA